AUGUCAGAAAUAAGCCCCCUCCCAUCCCCUCUCGUCCCACAGGCCACCUUGCUGGCUCAGGAGAUCCGCGACCGGGAGCGAGGCGGCCGGGCUCAGAUCGGCAUCGUGGAGGGCGCGGACGAGCGCGACUCGCCCGAGCUCAUGAAGAGCAUGACGGCGUCGCUGGGCCAGAGGAGCGCCCCGCUCAAGGCCGCCGUGCCCGACGACGACUCGGGGGGGCCGCGCAAGGCCGCCGUCCGGCUCUACCAUGUUUCCGACGUCAGCGGGAAUCUGGUGGUUCGGGAGAUAGCCACGCAGCCUCUGAGCCAAGACCUCCUGCAGUCCUCCGACUGCUACAUCUUGGAUAACGGCGGCUCCGCUGUCAUGGUGUGGAAGGGGAAACACGCCUCCAAGGAGGAGAGGCGGGGCUCUCUCAACCGGGCGGUGGGUUACAUCAAGGCCAAGAACUACCCGGCCAGCACCGGCGUGGAAGUGAUGUGCGAGGGCGGCGAGUCGGCCAUGUUCAAGCACCUCUUCAAGGAGUGGAGGGACAAGAACCAAACGCAGGGCCUGGGCGCCACGCACGGCGUGGGCAAGAUAGCCAAGGUGGACCGGGUGAAGUUCGACGUGCUGGAGCUUCACGCCCGCCCCGAGCUGGCGGCGCAGCAGCGCAUGGUGGAUGACGCCUCGGGGGAUGUCAAGGUGUGGCGCAUCGAGAAUUUGGAGCUGGCGGAGGUCAACCCGAGGACUUACGGACAGUUCUACGGCGGCGACUGCUACCUGGUGCUCUACACGUAUCGCGUGUCCAGCCGGGAGCAGCGCGUUCUCUACAUGUGGCAGGGGCGUCACGCCACCAAAGACGAGGUGACGGCCUGCGCCUAUCAGGCCGUGCUGCUGGACGGCAAGUACGGCGGCGCCCCCGUGCAGGUGCGGGUGGUCAUGGGAAAGGAGCCCCGCCACUUCCUGGCCAUUUUCAAAGGCAAACUGAUCAUCUUUCAGGGCGGUACGGGUCGAGCCGGCGCGGUGGAGCCCGCGGGCGGAGCCAGGCUCUUCCAGGUUCGGGGGACCAACGAGCUCAACACCAAAGCCACCGAAGUUCAGGCCAGGGCGUCGUCCCUCAACGCCAACGACGUUUUCCUGCUCCAGAGCGAGCACUCGUGCUACCUGUGGUACGGAAAGGGUUGCAACGGCGACGAGAGGAUGAUGGCCAAGGCCGUUGCCGACGUGCUCUCCAAGCGCGACAAACAGGUGGUGAUGGAGGGCCAGGAGCCCGCCGAGUUCUGGCUCGCCCUCGGAGGGAAGGCCCCCUACGCCAGCGACAAGAGCCUCCAGAGGGAGGAGCCGCUUCACAGCCCCCGCCUGUUCGAAUGCUCCAAUCAGACGGGCCGGUUCCGGAUGACGGAGGUGGACGACUUUGCGCAGAGCGACCUGGACGAGGAGGACGUCAUGCUGCUGGACACCUGGGAGGAGAUUUUCUUGUGGCUGGGGAACUCCGCCAACGAGUCCGAGACCAAGGAGGCGUGGGAUUGCGCCCGCGAGUACCUGCGCACCCACCCGGCGGGCCGCCAGCAGGACACGGCCGUGGUCGCCGUCAAGCAGGGUUUCGAGCCCCCCACCUUCACCGGCUGGUUUAACGCCUGGGACCCCCACAAGUGGAGCGCGGGCAAGUCCUACGAGCAGAUGAAGAAGGAGCUGAACGGCGAGGCGUCGCUGUCGCAGAGCAUCUUGGAGCUAAGCGCCAGCACUUUAAAUUCGGGCGGCGGUGCCCGGGCUCCCGGGGGCCCCGCGAGCCCGCCUCCUUUGUACACGAGUCGCGUCGGGGACUCGUCCCCUCACGCCGCCGGCCGGAGCGCAUCGGGUCUCCCCUCCGCAACCGCCGGGGGGAAGCACGUGGCCCCCGAGCUCCUCAUCCACAAGGCCGCCUCGGAGCUGCCGCCGGGCGUGGACCCCUGCCACAAAGAGAACUUCCUGUCCGACGCCGACUUUGAGCAGCUGCUUGGCGUGGGCCGCUUAGAAUUCCAGCGCCUGGCGACGUGGCGGCAGAAGGAGUUGAAAAAGAAGGCGGGACUUUUUUAAC